UGCUUAAGGAGUACACCUUUGCACUAAAAUACUACACGAACGAGACGCAAUCACCCGACUUGAUCGAAAUGGUAAUUUCAUGCUUGCACCUAGCUGGAAAUGAAUUAGUGGAAAUGGAUAGAGGAAAUGAAUCACAGUUAUACUUCCUCGCAUUUCUUAGAGUGUUUCAAACUAAAGAGGGAUUUCUGGACAAGCCCUUUCAUGCCCAAUGCGCAACCCUUGCAGGAUAUUCUUUUGCAAAUCAACAUUACAUUUUCCGUUCGUUGGGAAAGAUAAUGGCAUUCGAAAGAGGGAAUCUUGAUGGUGCAAUUCAGUGUUAUGAACGAUGCCUUGAACUGGAUGAAGAUUUGACCCUUGACCAAAGCCUUGUGGCAACUCUGGCAGGGCUUUAUCAAUCAAAAGCGUUAGCAGUUGACAUAAAAAACCAAGAUUUCUGCGAACGGCAGAUGAACCUUGCUCUUAAUUUGUUCCAGAAACUGCUUCAAAAGACUGCCGAAUUGAUACCAUUUGUAGAAUGCUCGUUUGGGUCACUUUUGUUGAAAUUGGAACGUUAUCAUGAAGCUGUUGAACAUUUUGAAAAUGUUAUUCAAAGAGCCGAUAACUCAGCUAUGCUGGGCUGUACGGACGUAGCCAAGCCGUUGUUAGACGUUUACCUUCGUCGUGAAAUUGAAGCUAGUGGCAGUAUUACCAUCCCAUUGACAGUUCACGCUUUCUACGAGUUAAUUUUAACGUAUAUGAAAUUGAAUGAAGUGGGAAAAUCCCAAGAAGUUGCGCUUCGAUUGGAGAAUUAUGUUAAACGUAACUUUCAAUGUACUCCAAAGACUUCUCUGGCUCUGUCUAUUGUAGGAUAUGCCAACAAACUAGUUGGAAACAAAGAAAAAGCCGCGGAGAUAUUUGUUUCUUUAUUGGAAAUCAACCCGGGACAUUUACCGGUCACAGAAGUAUUGGAAAGCCUCCAUUUGUGA